AUGAGCCCUACACGAUCUCCAAAUGCCGACGCUCAGAUUUUGGUGGUCGGAGCUGGACCUUCAGGUCUGAUACUUGCAUUAUCAUUAAUGCGCCAUGGUGUUCCGGUGCGUAUCAUUGAGAAAAGCAUGAAGAAUAGAUUGGGACAACGGGGUGCUGGGAUAACCCCUCGAACAUUGGAAGUAUUUGAAUCUCUUGGGUUUGUAGACGAAAUCAUCAAGCGAGGUAUUGAUGUGCCAACGGUUCGCGCUUAUAAAAUGCCAGAGGGCGUGGAGAUCCUGAGGGAGUUCAACAUGUCUCCCAAGUUAGACUCAACCCCUGAUAAGCCCUAUGCGAAUUUCGUUAUGUUUGGUCAGGAUGGCUUAGAUCGCGUCCUACGCUCUGAGCUUGAGAAGCUCGGUUGCUUUGUUGAGCUGGGCGCUGAGCUUCAAGCAUUAACUCAGGAUGACGAUAAAGUUCACGUCAAGAUACUACACCACAAACCCGAUCAAUCAGUUCAUGUUGAGAAAACAUCAUAUAAUUGGGUUGUUGGCGCAGAUGGGGCGAGAGGUGUGGUUCGGAAACAAGCCGGGAUGUCCUUUGUGGGACAGACGACAGAUUUAGCGUUUGUGCUGGGAGAUAUCACCAUAAAGACUCCAUUGACACACCAUUGGCAUCUCUGGGGGGAUAUUUCCAACAUCCUUAAUAUUCUACGACCUACAGAUGUAGCCGGAGUUUGGAGCUUUAUGAUUGGAGGAAGACAUUUUACAGGAUCGGAAGAGAUAUAUACAAACGAAGAAUCGUUGAAGGCGUACUUCAAAGCGCAUACAGGGACUCUACAAGAUAUUCAUAUUGACAAAUUUUUAUGGAUAUCCCCUUACAGGAUCAGCGUACGGAUGGUCGAUACGUUUCAGAAAGGUCGAAUUCUGGUCACCGGAGAUGCAGGCCAUGUACACAGCCCAGCUGGUGGACAGGGUAUGAACACUGGAGUUCAAGACUCGUAUAACCUGGGAUGGAAACUCGCUCUUGUUGCUAAAGGAUUAGCGCCUCCUACGCUUCUUGAGACUUUCAACUCAGAGCGUUAUCCCGUCGUCUCGGAGAUGCUCAAUAUAACUACCAAGCUAUGGAAACAAAUGGAGGAGGAUUCAAGCAACGAAAAAGGUUGGAAUAGGACUGGAGACGUGCAUCAACUUGGUGUCAAUUACAGGGGAAGUCCGAUCGUGCUAAGCGACGGUGAUACCGUAGCAACAGGGCCUCUCCCUGAGGAUGAUUCAUCGUACACAAUUCGACCUGAAGGUUAUGUGCUUCCUGGAGACCGUGCACCAGACGCAACCGGAUUAUAUAGGGUGGUGGAUGGAUAUAGAAGGGGCCCUUCCACGAGACUGUUCAAGAUCUUUGACGCAACAAAACAUACGGUGUUAACAUUCGCUGACCGGACCGCCGACAGCGAAAACAUCAUCUCUGCCCUUAGGAUGUAUGACGAGACACUGGUUCGCUCAAUACUGAUUACAAUGCCCGGAUCAGGAGCCAGGAUACCUGCGGAUUGUAUUACAUUUGAAGACAGUGAUGGACAUGCAUACAAUGCCUACAAAGGGCCAGGGGGAUUGAGUGGGUCUUUUGUUAUUCGCCCAGAUGGGGUAGUAGGGGCACGGGUAGCAGGACCGGAGACGCUUGGGCGCUACUUUGAUGCUAUUUUUGGAAAGUCGAACACGAGAUGGAGCUGUAAAAUGUAA